AUGUCUUCAAUUGAUAACAAUCAUAAUGAUAAUGAUGAUGUAGUUUAUAGUUGUUUUUUCUAUGGUACAUUAAUGUCUCCAAGAAUUUUUGAACGUGUGAUUAAUAAAUCAACAACAACAACUAUUACAGAAUCUUCAAAUUCAAAUAUUAUUAACAAAAAUUUUAAUGCAAAUUCUGCCAUUUUGAAGGGAUAUAAACGUGUCAGAGUACGCUAUGCAACAUAUCCUGCAAUAUUUAAAACUAAUGAUGAUGAUGACGAGCAAUAUAAUAGAAAAAAUGUUAAUGUUUAUCUUAAAAAAAUUGAAACCAUAGCAACAUCAGAAGAAACCGAAAGAAUGGUAUCUGCACAAUCAUAUGUAUGGAGUGAUUCUUUAGAUUUUUUAGAAAUUGAUAAAGAAUGGAAUCCACUAGAUUUUGGAAUUUCAUUAAAUAAUUGGACUAAAAAAGAUUUUGAUGAAUUGUAA